AUGUAUCAAGGCGAUGGGAGCUUGGAUGAUAUGUCAAAAUAUGAUGAUAAGUUAGAAUAUGUUGUGAAUAAAGAAAAAGGCUUCAUGGUUGCGCAAUUGAGGAAUAUGAAUGAACUAAGAGGAGAGCUUUCAAUUGCGGACUUGAAGAAUAUUGAUGAUAAGGAAGAAGCAGCGAAAGCCAAGUUGAAGGAAAAAUGCCAUAUCAAGCAGUUGGGUUUACAUUGGGAUUUUAGGGUGGAUGAUUGGGGGCAUGAUGUCCAAGAAGUACUUGAAGGCCUUGAACCUCAUCCUAACUUAGAUAUCCAAGAAGAAGUACUUGAAGGCCUUGAACCUCAUCCUAACUUAGAUGUCCAAGAAACUAAAAAGAAAGCAACAGUAUCAUUUACGAGCAUGCCAACAUCAUCAUCAUCAUCAUCAUCAUCAUCAUCAUCAUCAUCCCCAACAAUACCAAGGCAUCGCAAGUUAUUUCUUCCUCUACAGAAGCUCACUGUAAAGGAAUAUUUGGCUUUGCACAUAGAAAGAUUGGCCAUAUUGGUAAUUGAUGAGGUUGCUGAAGAAUUGAACAAUCGUUUCAAUGAGGCAAACACUAAUUUGCUUAAGGGUGUAUUGAGUCUUGAUCCUUCCAACAACUUUGCUCGUUUUGAUCAUCAUGAAAUACUCCAUCUUGCUAGAUUAUACUCUGAAGAUUUCUCUACUGCUGAGCUUGCUGAGCUUCACUACCAACUUGAACUCUACAUUGAUGCUGUAAGAGGGGAUCCAGAUUUCUAUACUCUUGUUGAUGUUGGAGCUCUUGCAAUAAAGAUGGUGAAGCAUAAAUAUCAUAUUUGUUUUCCUUUGGUGUAUCGACUCAUUGAGCUAGCAUUGGUGUUACCAGUUGCCACAGCUACUGUUGAGAGAUGUUUUUCAGCAAUGAAUGUUGUGAAGACCGAUUUGCGCAACCGACUUGCAGAUGAACUACUGUCAGAUUGUUUGGUGUGUUACAUUGAGAAAAAAAUAUUCAUUAGCAUUGAUGAAGAAACAAUUAUGCAAAGGUUUCAAAAGUUGGCAUCUCGCAAAAACUAUUUGAAACCUCUCAAAGGUUCCGGUGCUUGAAGUACUCCAUUGGUUAGGAAAAAUUAGUUGUUAUUCAUGUACUUGUGUAUAAUAAUGAAGUUUUUUUGAAUUAAUUUGACUUUCUUGUUA